CGGGCGCUGCCCGGGGGAUUCGGGCCGAUUCGCGGGCGCUGCCAGUCUCGGGCGGCGGCGUCCGGCGCGCGGGCGGCCUUCUGGGCGGGCUCAAGGGUGUGAGCGGCGCGCGGGGGAGACGGAGCGAGACUGAGCGGACCGGCCACCGCGGCUACAGGCUUUCUACUUAUACAAGACAAUGACUACUGAUGAAGGUGCCAAGAACAAUGGAGAAAGUCCAGCUGCAGCGGUCGCUGAGCGCGGAGAAGACAUUACCUCCAAAAAAGACCGAGGAGUCUUAAAGAUUGUCAGAAGAGUGGGAAGGAGUGAGGAAAAGCCGAUGAUUGGAGACAAAGUGUAUGUCCAUUACAAAGGGAAGUUGUCCAAUGGGAAGAAGUUUGAUUCCAGUCAUGACAGAAACGAGCCGUUUGUCUUCAGUCUCGGCAAAGGUCGGGUCAUCAAGGCGUGGGACAUCGGGGUGGCCACCAUGAAGAAAGGGGAGAUCUGCCACUUACUGUGCAAACCUGAAUACGCGUAUGGCUCUGCCGGUAACCUCCCCCAGAUUCCCUCCAACGAGACGCUCUUUUUCGAGAUCGAGCUCCUUGAUUUCAAAGGAGAGGAUUUAUUUGAAGAUGGAGGCAUCAUCCGGAGAAUCAAGCAGAAAGGAGAAGGCUACUCCAACCCCAAUGAAGGGGCAACCGUAGAGAUUCACCUGGAGGGGUGCUGUGGAGGAAGGAGAUUCGACUGCAGAGACGUGGUGUUCAUCGUGGGCGAGGGCGAGGACCACGACAUCCCCAUCGGGAUCGACAAAGCCCUGGAGAAGAUGCAGCGGGAGGAGCAGUGUGUUCUGUACCUGGGACCACGAUAUGGUUUUGGAGAGGCAGGGAAGCCUAAAUUUGGCAUUGAACCUAAUGCUGAGCUUAUAUAUGAAGUUACACUUAAGAGCUUCGAAAAGGCCAAAGAAUCCUGGGAGAUGGAUACCAAAGAAAAGUUGGAGCAGGCCGCCAUUGUUAAAGAGAAGGGCACUGUGUACUUCAAGGGAGGGAAGUACAUGCAGGCGGUGAUCCAGUACGGGAAGAUCGUCUCCUGGCUGGAGAUGGAGUACGGCUUGUCGGAGACGGAGUCCAAGGCUUCCGAGUCCUUCCUGCUCGCUGCCUUCCUGAACUUGGCCAUGUGCUACCUGAAGCUCCGAGAGUACAGCAAGGCCGUGGACUGCUGCGACAAGGCUCUGGGCCUGGACAAUACCAAUGAGAAGGGCCUGUACCGGCGAGGGGAGGCCCAGCUGCUCAUGAACGAGUUCGAGUCAGCCCGGGGCGACUUCGAGAAAGUGUUAGAAGUGAAUCCCCACAACAAGGCGGCCCGGCUGCAGAUCUCUGUGUGUCAGAAAAAAGCGAAGGAGCACAACGAGAGGGACCGCAGGAUCUACGCCAACAUGUUCAAGAAGUUUGCAGAGCAGGAUGCAAAGGAAGAGGCCAGUAGAUCCCUGGGCAAGAAGCCCCGAGAAGAGGCCUGCAACCCGGGGAAGGAAGCCGAGAGCCAGGCCAUGGAAGAAGAGAAGGCGGAGGGCCGUGUAUGACGCCGCGCCCGGGAGGGCAGAGAGCCGCCCUCGCCCUCCUCCUCCGCGGGCUCGCCCCUCGCCGGACCCCGCCGCGCCCCCCGUGACGCGGGCAGCCAGGGGCAGCGCAGUCGCUUCCCUCCAAGCCGCCGCCUCCCUGCUGCCGCCCCGUGCGCCCACGGAGGGCAGGCGUGGGACCACCCCCGGGGGGACGGUGGGCGCGGAGAGACUGAGCCAACAGCCCCAGCCCCUCGCGCCGGCCCCCUCCCCCACCCGGAGGCCUGUCCCCCAGCGGUGUCCACUUGGCCCCGGCCCCCAGCAGCAUAGCACUGUAGGAAGCGCAAGGAUGCACCCCGCAGCGCGCAAGGUGCCCCUCCAGGCGCCCAGGAGCGCGAGGGGCCCAGGGCCGCGCCCCAGGGGGCCACCCUCCUCCUCCUCCUUCUCCUCCUCCUCCCCCACGACCCCUGCUGAAGACAGGGACUGCCUGUUGGCGCGAGUCAGAGCCUCACACUUCCCCUAGUACCGUGGCCCCGGAGCGGAUGCAGCCAGGGAACCGUCUAGGACCCGGGCAGCUUUGUGGGUUUUCUUUCUUUCUUUAGAUUUUUUCCCCCCCCUUUGGUUCGUAUUUCUGAUUACUGUCCCAUAAACGUGUAUACUGGUUUAUGGAACUUUUAUUUACACUCCUAUCAUGCAAAAAAAAAAAAAAGAAAAGAAAAAAAAGGACUUGAUACUACUAAGUAGCUUUAUUUUUACAAUCCAGUCAAUGAGGCUGAAAGAUGCAAAGAUGCCUCCCAGCUUGCUCUUGUACCGUCCGGAUCUUCCCCGCGGCCCACCCCCAGCGCCCAGCGGUGGGAGAGGACUGACGCGCACCCCCCCCCCCCCAACUCCAGCACUCACUUGGGCAUUGAACGAGGGCGCGUCUUCAGUAAGGCCAAGUAGUGAACUGUAGUUUCUUACGGGUAUAUGAAACUGAGCACCGCCCUCUGUUCCCAGGGGCGCAAACCCUCCCCGAAAUCCCUGCGGCAGCCCAGGAAUACUCCAGAGCAUCUCACAUUUUAGAUUCCAAAGAACACUGGCAGUUAAUAUUGUAGAUGGGUUGGGUUGGGUUUUUAAUGUUAUUUAACAACACUUUUGCCAUGACGUUAGGACCCAUUAAUAAAAUAUUUUCAGGCUGGAGAAAUAACAGGCUAGGAGUUGGGUGCUUGCCUUGCUUGCAUGGACCCAGCUCAGCUUCAAUCCACGGCACCUCACACGGUCCCCUGAGCCCCACCAAACGUGAUCCCUGAGCACAGAGCCAGGAGUGAGCCUUGAGCACUGCCAGUGGGUGUGGCACCAACACAAAACAAAAAAAAAAAAUCUUUUAAAUAGUCAUUUCUAUGAAACAAUGGAAUUCGUUGUUUCUCCAUCAAAGUGUAUCUUGUUGCUUUACCUCGCUCGUAUUUGUAGGUCUGUUGGGUUAGAGCUGGGUUCCGGUGAGGCCGAGUUUGAAAUUUGGUCCUCAGAAGACAAUCUGUGUUCCCAGUUUUUUUUUUUUUAAUGCAUAAACAGAACCAGUCAAGAAAUUAGAUUUUCCCAGCUGUCAUCACCCACCUGGGCCUUGGGGCUAGUGGGGACAGGCAUUUGUGCGGGAGGAGAGACUGGGUGGGCCAAGGAAGGCUGGUGACCAUGGAGGGUGGCGUUACCCAUCACCCUCAAGGAAAAGAACUCCCUGUUCUUGUCUAAGAUCCCGCCACCUAACCAGUCCGUCUAGGAACCAGAUAUUUUCUAACUGCUUAUGGAGUGGUGAGGCAGCAUAUGAGGAAUUAAAAGUUGUUUUGUUUUGUUUUUUUUUUUUAAAAAUGAUGCUCAUUUUUGUGUUCCUUAAAUAAAUUUAAAAACAA